AUGUGGCUUGUUCUGGGCCUCACGCAAGGUCUCAAAGGCUUUCUAUCCUUCCUGAGCGCGCCCCUGCUCGGUGCCAUGUCCGACCGCUACGGCCGCAAGCUGUUUCUUCUCAUCACAGUAGCCUGUACUUGCAUACCCUUGCCAUUCCUCCUCUUCAACAACCUGUGGUGGCAUGUCAUUGCCGUGGCCGUCUCUGGCGCCUUUGCCGUUACGUUCUCCAUUGUGUUUGCUUACGUCUCCGAUGUCACCUCGGAUGAAGAGCGCAGUGCGGCCUUUGGACAGGUCUCAGCCACCUUCGCAGCCUCCCUCGUUGUCAGCCCAGCGCUGGGCAGCGUCAUUGUUGCUUCGUACGGAAGUGGGUCUGUGUUUUUCAUCAGCUCCCUGAUUGCAGCUCUGGAUGUUGCCUUUAUUUUCUUCUUUCUCCCCGAGAGCUUGUACAUUGAGUCCGAUGACGCUCCGGGCACAGGCGUAGCCACAGCUAGCAAAAGCAAGCUAAAAGACAUUGAUUGGACCGGCAUUAACCCUCUACAGUCCAUCAAGAAUACAAUGCAUUUUACGAAACCCGAACUUGCGGGCUACAUUGCAGCGGUUGGCGUUCUUUCCAUUAUAGCACAAACGUCGAUGAUGUCUUUCAUGACAGAGCGGCUGCAUCCCAAAACUGUCAUUAUGAUUGGGCUGAUCCUACAAGCCACUCAGCUCGGGCUCUAUGGCAUUUGCUCUUCAAAGUCCAUGAUGUUUGUUAUUGGUGUCCUGGUGGCCGCCAGUUCCAUCACAUACCCGGCGAUCAGCGCAUUCUUGUCCCAGUCUGCAACGUCGGAACAGCAGGGCGCGGUUCAGGGUAUGGUGACGGGCAUUCGAAGUCUCUGUACUGGGUUGGGCCCCGCGCUCUUUGGCUUGCUCUUUCAAAUCGCCCAGAUCCCACUCAAAGACAACAGCCCCAAAACCCUGGUCGCAGUUCAAACCAACUUUCCAGAAAAAUUUUCGCGACGCUCUGCUUCUCAGGAUCCCCUCUCACCCCGCGGGCUUCGGGCGCGAGAGCUAUUGGAGGGCACCGCCACUGAACAGCCUCCUGCCGAUGUAAUCCUUGAGACUCGAGCCUAAGGCUAGAGACUGAUCACGACCAUUGUAAUCGAGAGAAAA